AUGCCUUCAGCUGCGAAUGCAAAGUCUGAAAAACCAGCUUCUUCGGAAGCUGCUGAUAAUACACCGAUACGACAGAUUAUGACUAUUAUUGAACACAAAAUUCGCAACUUGGAGAAAAGAAAGAGCAAGCUGACAUCGUACCGAGACUUGCAAAAAGCUGGUAAGGAAUUGAAUAGUGAUCAAAAGGUUGCUGUCGCAAAGUAUGAUGAAGUGGCCCAAACUUUAGAGUUUGCUCGUGAUCUCUCAAAGCAGGUCACUUUAAUAGCAACUGCUGCUGAGCGUGAAGCAAAGAAGCAAGCUAAAAAGGAUGCAUGGGUACGUUAUUCGAUAGAAACUAAUAAGAUUCGUGAGGUUUUACUUAUUCUGGAUUGUCUUGUGCAAAUGGGAAAUACUGAAGCUCGAGAAGAUUUUCUCAAUGGCACUAAUGGUGCAACAAAGCUAACAGAAGAGGACUUGAAAAUAUUAGAUAACUUAUACCCUGAAGUUACUCCAAAACAUGAAGUUAAUGAAGAAGGACAGGCUGGAUUUCAUACUUACACAAUGAAGGCUGCUGAACAUCUGUAUGCUAUCAUUGACGGCAAACCAAAAGAAAUUUUGGGGACAACAUAUGCUCAUAUUAAAGAAAUUGUGAAUACAGUUCAUGAGUGUGGCUAUUUUGAUAAAUCUGCAGAAAUAGUAGUACCAGAACCAGAAGAGUGUCAGAAUGUAGAGGAAGAAGUGGAACAAACCCCAGAGUUAGAAGAGGUUGAACAAGCCGCCCCAGUGUACGCGCCGCCGGUGGCACUGCCCGCUCCGCCCGCGCCCGCCGUCGUGCCUGCACCAGGCUAUCCCCUACGUCCCCUCCCACCUAUCACUCUACAAGAAGUAGAACAUGCAUACUUCUCACAACAAUACCCCCAACAAAGACCCAUUGCUGAGGUUAUAGGCUCACAAAACUUCUUCUUUCUCCAGGAAUCUGAAAUUGAUAGUCCGGUCGGAACCCCUCAACCUCCUAUACUAAACCAGCCAUCUCCACCGGGGCCCAUUCCAACCCAAACUUUCACAAAUCAACACUAUGUUCAAAUACCAGGAGGUCGAGUCCCUGAACCUGGCACUAUUCCUAUGCCGCCUCAGCCGCACUUCCCUCCUCAUCCAGAGCAUGCCUACCAAGGAGUUCCUAUACCGGCCCCUAUGGUGCACCCGCAACCGCCACACGUGACACAAUCUGCUCCACCGGCACCCCUCCAACACACACCACAACCACCCCAAGUUAUCCAUGUGGAGCCCACUCCACCUCAAAUGGAAGAGCAAAAGGCAGUGACACCGGUUGAAGAUAGAAACGAGGAAGAAUCUAAGGAGAGCAGAAGUCCCGAGCGAGACGAUGAUCGCAAAACGCAGGGUCAAGGUGACGGACAGAACAGGUUCAGAAGAUACCGCGGAGGCGGCGGUGGCAGGGGAUCGUCUAAUGGUUUCCGCGGUCGCGGAUCCUACCAAAGUAGACAAAACAGCGACGGCUAUCAUUCUAGGCACCCCAACGACUACCAAAACAGGUCCAAAGAUGGAUACCAGAACCGACAGUACGACGGCUAUCAGAGCAGGCACGGCAAGGACGGCUACCAGAGCAGGAGCGGCAACGACGCGUACUACGGCAACGGUGAUACCGGUGAGGUGCAUCAGAACGAGAACGGCGGCCGCGACAGAUAUAACGACAACGCGCAGAGCUACCAGGGCGGGUUCAAGAGCCGCGGCAGAGGAGGCCCACGCGGCCCCCGCGGCGCGCCGCGCGGGGCUGGCCCCCGUCCCCACCCCGCCCAGUACAACCGGAAACCGGAUAACGUCGAA